AGCUAAGAGUGGGCGGAGGUGCCGGCGCCAGGCCAAGCCAGGCAGGGGGGAGGCUCGGCACUACCUCUGCCUCUAGGAGUCCAGGCGCAGAGACUAGCUCGCCCCGUGGCGCCCCUGCUUCGUCAACUCUCCAUUCCCCCCUCUCCUGUCAGCUCGGGGCACGGGAGUCCCUGUCGCCUGCAGGAGGAGCCGCUGAAGCUGUCUCAGCCGCUGCGGAGCGACAGCAUCCUUGGGUGAGGCGCCCAGAGCUACGUAGUCUCCAGCCUCCUCCCUGGGGCGAGAGGGCUCCUUGGACUGAUCGCCCCUACUUGGCCAUCGGCCACCAGAGAGCCAGCACUCGCGCCUCGGGGACCUCCUACCUGCGCGAACCCCGGGUGGGAGAAUCACAAGGCAAAGAGGCUCAAGAAGCGAGUAUACAGGGAACCCCAACCCAGAGUCUUUGCUGGGCUAGAAAAAAACAACGCUGUCAACACCGUGAGCUUCCUGCAUGCGGUCCCCAAGUUCAGGGGUGACAUCCUUCCAGGAGGAACUAAUGCCCCAGUGAGCAUUCCAGAUCCAUCUGGACUCUAGGAGCUUCUUCCGUCUGCACCCUAAGUGUUUCCCGGGUCCCCGCUUGGGCCAUGCCCGGGCUGCGCAGGGACCGCCUGCUGGCCCUGCUGCUCCUGGGCGCGCUCUUCUCCGCUGACCUCUACUUCCACCUCUGGCCUCAAGUGCAGCGCCAGCUAGGGCCGCGCGAUCGCCCAGCGGGCUGCCCGUGCUCUGGCCGCGCCCCCUCUGCGCCCCUGCUGUCGGCCGCAGCCUCACAGGAUCCUCGCACCGCCGCUCACAACUUUUCCAGAUCCCAGACCGGAGCUGAGCAUCCCAGCCGCGGCCACCCUCGCUCCAAGCUGCAGGCCCUCUUCGCCCACUCGCUCUACCAAGUCCUGGAGGAUCCGCCUCUCCUAGGACCCGAAGACUGGCUCCUAGCCAGCCAGGAGGCGCUGCGCUAUUACCGGAGGAAAGUGGCCCGCUGGAACAGACGGCACAAGAUAUACAAAGAACAAUUCAACCUCACCUCCUUGGAUCCCCCGCUGCAGUUCCGACCGGAGGCAAGCUGGGUCCAGUUCCACUUGGGGAUCAACAGCCACGGGCUGUACUCCAGAUCCAGCCCUGUCGUCAGCAAGCUCCUCCAUGACAUGAGACACUUCCCCACCAUCAGCGCUGAUUACAGCCAGGAUGAGAAAGCCUUGCUGGGGGCCUGUGACUGCUCACAGAUUGUGAAACCCAGUGGGGUCCACCUGAAAUUGGUUCUGAGGUUCUCGGACUUCGGGAAAGCCAUGUUCAAACCCAUGAGACAGCAGCGAGAGGAGGAGACGCCCGAGGACUUCUUCUAUUUCAUAGACUUUCAGAGACACAAUGCUGAGAUCGCAGCUUUCCACCUGGACAGGAUUCUGGACUUCCGACGGGUGCCGCCAACAGUGGGGAGGCUAGUGAAUGUCACCAAGGAAAUCCUAGAGGUCACCAAGAAUGAAAUCCUGCAGAGUGUUUUCUUUGUCUCUCCAGCUAACAACGUAUGCUUCUUCGCCAAGUGUCCGUAUAUGUGCAAGACUGAGUAUGCUGUCUGUGGCAACCCGCACCUGCUGGAGGGGUCUUUCUCCGCCUUCCUGCCAUCCCUCAACCUGGCCCCCAGACUGUCAGUGCCGAACCCCUGGAUCCGUUCCUACUCUCUGUCGGGAAAAGAGGAGUGGGAGCUCAACCCUCUUUACUGUGACACAGUAAAGCAGAUCUACCCAUACAACGGCAGCAACAGGCUCCUUGGUAUCAUCGACAUGGCCAUCUUUGACUUUUUGAUUGGAAACAUGGACCGCCACCAUUAUGAGAUGUUCACCAAGUUUGGGGACGACGGGUACCUUAUUCAUCUUGACAAUGCCAGAGGGUUCGGACGACAUUCCCAGGACGAAAUCUCCAUCCUUGCCCCUCUCUCACAGUGUUGCAUGAUAAAAAAGAAAACACUUCUGCACCUUCAGCUGCUGGCUCAGGCUGACUACAGACUCAGCGAUGUGAUGCGGGAGUCACUGCUGGAAGACCAGCUCGCGCCUGUCCUCACAGAACCCCACCUCCUGGCCCUGGACCGCAGACUUCAAAUCAUCCUUCAGACAGUGGAGGACUGCAUAGAGGCCCACGGGGAGUGGAAAGUCAUAGCUGAUGGCCUAGCACAACACUCAGCUCCAGACUCCGGCCAGGCUAAUCUGACAAGCUAACAGCUACAAGAGUGAAACCUAGCAACACACAACUGAAGCCAGUGGUGGGUGCUGGUGUGUAGGCCCCUUCUGCCCCCUUCUACCCUGGGGUGCUGAAGGCCAAGUCACAAGCUCAGGGAGGAGGCAGGAAUGCUUUCAAAGAGCAAGCAGGAUCCAGCAAGCCUCAUCUUUACCCUUGGAUGGAGGUCACCACCUCUGGAGUUCACUGGCUGGGGCUCUAUCUUCCUAGCAAGUCCUGGCUCCAUCAAGGCUGCAGACUAUCUUCUGAGCACACUGUGAAACCUGGAUCUGAGACAGGCUUGGAAGGUUUGGAGGCCCUGUUCCCAGGAGGAGUUUUUACUCUACCAGGUCAAAUAAAAGGACAAAUGGGUAACUGGCUUCCUUCAAAUCCUUACUGUAUAUGCAGGU